GGGCCGGGGGGCUGGGCGGCGGGCCCGGCGGCCGCCCCCGCGCCGCGCCUGGCGGCCCGAUGUGGCUGCAGCAGCGGCUUAAGGGGCUGCCGGGACUGCUGUCGAGCAGCUGGGCCCGCCGCCUACUCUGCCUGCUCGGCCUCCUGCUGCUGCUUCUGUGGUUCGCCGGCUCCGGGGCGCGGCGGGCCGCGGGCGGCCUGCACCUGCUGCCCUGGUACCGGGGCGAGCCGGGCGCCGCCGAGUCCUCUGCCUGCCUGGAGGCGGCCACCCGCGCCUGGCGCGGCCUGCGGGAGCGCGGCGAGGCUGUCCCCCUGGGCCCUGGAGUGCCGGCCCUGGUCGCCAACGGCUUCCUGGCACUGGACGUGGCCGCCAACCGGCUGUGGGUGACUCCUGGAGAGCGGGAGCCCGCCGUGGCGCCGGACUUCGUGCCCUUCGUGCAGCUGCGGCCGCUGAGUGCGCUCUCCGAAGCCGGCGAGUCAGUACUGCUGCUGCGUGAAGGGCUGCUGCGCCGAGUGCGUUGCCUGCAGCUUGGGACCUCAGGCCCCGGCUUUGCGGCCGCCGUCCCCGGACCCGCCUCGGCCUCCGGCCUGGUCACAGGAUCCGGCCGCGACUGCGUGCUGCUGCAAGAGGACUUCCUGGCGCACCGGGGCCGACCCCACGUCUAUCUGCAGCGCAUCCAGCUCAACAAUCCCACGGAGAGGGUGGCCGCGCUGCAGACUGUGGGGCCCACUGCCGGCCCGGUCCCCAGAGCCUUCACCAGUACCCUGGAGAAGGUGGGAGAUCAUCAGUUCCUCCUCUACUCGGGCCGGUCCCCGCCUUUUCCCACGGGGCUGGUGCACCUGGUGGUGGUGGCCGCCAAGAAGCUAGUGAACCGGCUCCAAGUGGCUCCCAAGACCCAGCUGGACGAGACAGUGUUGUGGGUGGUGCAUGUUUCAGGCCCUAUUAACCCCCAGGUGCUCAAAAGCAAAGCGGCCAAGGAGCUCAAGGUGCUCCAGGAUUUGGCACGAAAGGAGAUGCUGGAGCUCUUGGAGAUGCCAGCGGCUGAGAUACUUCAAGACCACCAGCGCCUCUGGGCUCAGCUCUUCAGCCCAGGUGUGGAGAUGAAGAAGAUCACGGACGCCCACACCCCGUCCGGCCUGACCGUGAACCUGACCUUGUACUACAUGCUCUCCUGCUCCCCAGCCCCGCUGCUCAGCCCCAGCCUGAGCCACAGGGAGCGCGACCAGAUGGAGUCGACACUCAACUACGAAGAUCACUGCUUCAGCGGCCACGCCACCAUGCACGCUGAGAACCUGUGGCCGGGCCGGCUGUCGUCCGUCCAGCAGAUCAUGCAGCUCUCCGACCUGUGGAGGCUGACGCUACAGAAGCGGGGCUGCAAGGGGCUGGUGAAGGCGGGCGCCCCCGGCAUUCUGCAGGGCAUGGUGCUCAGCUUCGGGGGACUGCAGUUCACCGAGAACCACCUGCAGUUCCAGGCCGACCCCGACGUGCUGCACAACAGCUACGCCUUGCACGGCAUCCGCUACAAGAACGACCACAUCAACCUUGCCGUGCUCUUGGACCCCGAGGGCAAGCCGUACCUGCACGUGUCUGUGGAGGCCCGCGGCCAGCCCGUCAGGCUCUACGCCUGUAAGGCGGGCUGCCUGGAGGAGCCCGUGGAGCUGACCUCGGCACCCCAGGGCCACACCUUCCCGGUCAUGGUGACGCAGCCCAUCACGCCCCUGCUCUACAUCUCCACCGACCUCACGCACCUGCAGGACCUGCGCCACACACUGCACCUCAAGGCCAUCCUGGCCCACGACGAGCACAUGGCCCAGCAGGACCCCGGGCUGCCCUUCCUCUUCUGGUUCAGCGUGGCCUCCCUCAUCACCCUCUUCCACCUCUUCCUCUUCAAGCUCAUCUACAACGAGUACUGCGGGCCUGGGGCCAAGCCCCUCUUCAGGAGUAAGGAAGAUCCCAGUGUCUGAGUGAAGUCCGUCCGCACAGACACCCGGCACCGCAAGUCCUGCUGCAAGAACAAGGGAUCCUCUGAAAGCACCCACCCUUUUGUGCCUUGUCAGGGACACCAGUGACGCAGAGCGCGUGUGGAUGUUCAGGAGUCUGCGUCGGGGAGCGGGAGGGAGGGCCGGCGGGCUUUUUUGUAAGCUUUCGACUCAAUAAAAUGAACCUAUAUGGAAAAUA